GUGAGUGGUGAAGUGGACAAAGAACGAACGAAAAGGGCAGUCGGCCUGUGAGUCUGUGAGACUGCGAGACUGGUGUAGAGAAAGUGAGCAUCGUUUCAUCUGAGUUAGUGAAUCUGCUUAAAAAACAUCAAAGUGACGUCCGGCGUAGACGAUAAGGGACAGUGGUCCAGUGGUUCUCGGAACCGAUUCCAAGUCGUCCCGUGUUGGGACGAAAUUGACCGUUAAUCAACCACCGGCAGUGAAAGUGCUAGAAACAAAAAAGAAAGAAAAGAAAGGAAGAAAAUAGCACCGCAUUUCGGGUCCACCUUGCUCGUUGCUCGACUGCGGGAGAAUCGUUGUAAAAUAAAUUCCAGUCGCGUUCCAAGCCCGUGAACAAGUGCCCGUGUCAUCGUGUUGCCGGUAGCAACCGUGUCACCGAGUGUGCCCGCACCUUGCCAGCGAUCCCAGCAAACCGUUGUUCUGUGACCCAAGUGUCAAGUGAGCAGCUUAAAAAGGGAUCACCCCACCAAGCACAAACAACCCACUGCGGUCCCUACGGAAAACAAUCUUCCUGUUCGGGUUGCCGGGUGGCUAGGGUGCGGCGUGGUGAAAAAGUGUAAAGUGAGCGAGUGAGGAGAGAUUUGUGCAAACACCGGUAGCAAUCCGGGCCGGAAGGAGCUUCCGCUCGGGCGGAAAUUAGCAAAACCACAGCAGAAACGGUGGCCGAUGACUCGAGUCGCAGCUAGGACAGCCCAUCGGAAGUGCAAAUGCAACACCAUGAACGCAAAUUUGCCGCUUAUUGCAGCGUUUAUCAAUUUUAUCGUCAUUUGUUUCGCAGACACGCUCAGCCCCGAGAUGCAAAUGUACUGGGAAAACCACAUGGUGCAGCCGUACUUCGAUAACACGACCAAGCGCGAAGUGACGGCCAUCGCCGGACAGACGUGCCAGCUGCAUUGCCGUGUAAAGAGCCUCGGCGACCGGGCGGUAUCGUGGAUUCGCAAGCGAGAUCUACACAUACUGACGGUGGGCAUUCUCACCUACACCAACGACCAGCGCUUCCAGUCGCUGCACACCGAUGGCAGCGACGAGUGGACGCUGCGGAUAACGUCGCCCCAGGCCCGGGACUCGGGCGUGUACGAGUGUCAGGUGUCAACCGAGCCGAAGAUCAGUCAAGCAUUCCGCGUGAACGUUGUCGUCUCGAAAGCGAACAUCCUGGGCAACUCGGAACUGUUCGUGAAGAGCGGCAGCGACAUCAACCUGACCUGCGAGGCGCUCCAAUCGCCGCAACCGCCGUCCUUCAUCUACUGGUACAAGGGCGGCCGUGUGAUCAACUACUCGCAGCGUGGCGGCAUUAGCGUGCUGACCGAGCAGCAGACCCGCACCAGCCGGCUGGUCAUAUCGCGCGCCUCCCCGUCCGACUCCGGGAAUUAUACCUGCGCGCCGAGUAACUCCGAUUCGGCCAGCGUGGUGGUGCACGUCAUCAAAGGAGAGCAUCCGGCCGCGAUGCAACACGGAAUAAAUGGCGCUAACGUGGCACAUUCAUCAACAUAUCAGAUAGUUAUGGCGAUCAUAUCGGCCUGUUUCCAGCUUCUUCUGCUCGUGCGGAGGCCAACGCAGUGGAGGGCGGCGGCACCGGAGUGGCCGGUCGGGCGAUAGAUAACGCUACGGGAAAUGCGAAACCAUCUACAAAGUAUUCAGUAACAUCAAGCGACAGCCAACCCUCGUCAGGACUUGCCUCCUCAUUAACCCUCCUCCUACGAUUAGACAUCGUGGGUGGGUGGGUCAUGUGGAAGUGUCAGCUCCAAGACGGUCCCCUCCGUGCCAACGAACGAACGAAGGAUGUGUUUGUGUCGGCAUCUCUCUACCGUAACACUGGAAUCCAUCUUUCCAUCCGCAUACGUCAAACGACAGCCCUCUAAGUACACGGAUAACGGGGAAGGAGGGCAGCAGGAAGGAAGGUUCCAAAGCAUCGAAUGAAUGAACUAACGAACGUGAUGACAAACCACGUUGGGAGAAGCAGCGGCCAGGGGCAGCUGUACUUGCAGGUGAGUCCCCCUUACGAGGACUUCCGGUUGUAGUUAGCGGGAUCUCGUUCGGGUGAAAGCAAAAAAAAAAAGAGCGACCCAAAACACUGUGGCCACAGAGCGUCAUCGAAUCGAGGCGUGGAGAUAACUAAAUUCCACCGUGUCAAAGCUGAGAUAAUAUCCUUCGCGCAAGUAACACACACACACACACCUACCAUCGCGCAUUCUCUCCAUUGGCUGCAGCUGGGGAGAAGAUUGUGCGUGUGUGUGGGUCCUCGACGACAGCGCACCUAAGUCUCAGCAGGAGGCAGCAGCAUCACCACCAGCACCAGCAGCAGCGAUGAUGAAAGCAUCCUUUUCGCCUGCAGACCUGAUAAAAAGAUAAACAUGAAAAGAAAACAACACCUGAAGAAACGACCCCGUACCUAAGCGCACUGAAUAUGACAUACUGACACUCCGGUGCCGUGGCGCUGUGUCCUUGUUGGUCCUCUGCACCUUCGCGUUGGCUAAAACUCGCCCGACUUCGCAACAUCUUCAAGGACGCCAGAGUCGUCCUUUCAGCGCUGUAUCUAUACUGGCCCCAGCUCCUCGAUCACGAGUACGUACAAAGUGUUGUGGCUGUUGUUUUAUCCCGCUCGUAGCCUACUAGUCGGGGAUUUGCCCGAGAGAGAAGCGCACCCGUAUGCACCAUCACCAUCGCAAGUUGACACGAAUUGCGGGAAGAUUUGCUGCCGAGCUUACACACGUGUUGUGUGCAUGUGUCGCGCAAACGAGACGCAUACGCGCGGUACUUUGUAGGGGAGCUUUGCUGGUUUCACUGCUGAGACAUUGCCGGUGUGCUGUCGUGUGCCCGUACACUCGACGUGGUUAAGGAUGCUGUGCCCUUUCUAUCAUUCUUUCUCCCUUACACACGUACACACACACACACACACGGACAGACGGUGGAGCUCGAGUCGAAAACUUUAUCAUACACCGUGUAUGACGAAAGCUUUGGGGAGUUCGCCAAAUUCGCCGAUGCCGACUUCCAAAAUCCUUCCUGGAGCGGCACCACGCGGUGCGGUACGGUGUGAAAGUUUUCCCACCUAAUGGGUAUUUCGCUUACUCCCCAAUCUCGCUGUGUGUGUGUGUGUGUGAGUAUGGCUGCUAUUCUGCGGGAUAGCUUAACAUAACAUUAACAACACAAAUCCUUCUGCCCGACAACCGGGAGCCCAACACCUUGGGGAGGAAAACGCUUCGAGUGCAGUUUGGUGGGAUAAAAUUGUACAAAGUUAAAAUAAGGAUCGAUAAAUUUAAAUCAAACCCCCGCUAACUUUUUACAUCACUCACACGAGCGAAAGUUGGCCGUUCUCGGUUCAACCGAGAACGGUGAAUGGCGGGGUGCGUUCUUCGUGCCCUCCGACUCGCACCCCAUUCUCUCCCUAUCCACAAUGAAUCAAACCCAGGAGUGCAAAUAUUGUGCUCCCACAUGUGGGUUUUUUUUGGCCCAGCUCGCCACCUCGUUCAGAGAAAGUGCAGGAAAAAUAAGUAAAAUAAAUAACAUCUUUCCAAAUGCUCCCGCUGCCGGCUGGAGGGAAAGCGUUUGAAAUCGGCUUACCUGGGGGGGCGCAACAACACACCGCGAAUCGGAGAACGGCGCGAAUAAAUCAUGGACAAUGGGCCGAGCGAGCACCAAGACACCCCCC